UCGAGUCCCCGUGCCCUGCGGGCGGCGCCGUUACCGCUCGAUCACGCAGAAGCCCAAGAAACACGUGGCCGGGCGCGUGCGCGCGCGGGGCACUGUGGGUAAAUCAGUGCGGCUCCUCUCGCGGGGCCGCGAACCGAAGCGACUGGAACCCGCGGAGGGGACCCGAAGGGACCCGAACGGGCCCAGGAGGACGAAGGGCAUCGAGGUUCCCCGGCGGCGGUGCCGCGAGAAGAGGAAGAAGGUGGAGGAGGGCAGGGGUGAGGAGGUCAUGACCCCCAGCGCGCGGAUCCCCCACCGCCUCCCUCGUGCGGGACCCCUCCGUGACCUUUAACCCCCUGCGGAGGAGACGGCGGCUCGCCCCCACGGGGGGCACCUGCGGGCGACUCUUUCAACACGCGUCACUCGCGGGCGGUUGGCAAGCUCCUCCAAGUGCCCAGUUCACCUCUCCACUCGUCUGUCUGCUGGCUCUGCUGCACGCAGCUCUGGGCUGCGAUGGAGCACAUCGCGGAGGGAGACGGAGCGGCUCUGCCACACGACGGCAAGGCUGAGCUGCAGAGCGUGCCGGUAACAUUCCGUGUCUGCGGUAGCGCAGCGAUUGCCGCUCUCAAACACAACGGGCUGCUCCAGAGCCUGGCUGUGGAGACGGAGCGCACACCGCGAGCAGAGGAGAUGGAGGAUCUGAUCCAGGCUCAGAAUGAGUGGGCAGCAGUGGAAACGAUUCAGCCAGUGGCAGGAGCGGGGGCGGAGGUGCUCGCUCAGACGCCUCCCAUCUCCUUCAGCGAGGCCCUGCACCACUUCCAGACGGCCGACCUCUCCCGCUACUCUAAGUUGAUUCAGCCCACGCUGCGUCGAGGGGGGCUCUCGGCCCUCGCACACUUCCUGUUCGGCCCCCCACGCCUCCGCCGGGAGCUGCAAGGAGAGCGAGACCUGGUGUUCACCAUGGCUCUGUGCCCGCUGGAUCACAGCCAGGCCGUACACACACGUAUCCUGCAGACCGUCUACCGCCAGCUCACGGGAUCCCGCCUCGACUGCCCACGCUUCGGCCCCCACUGGGAGGAGAUCGGCUUCCAGGGCAGUGACCCGGGCACCGACCUGCGUGGAGCGGGCCUGCUGGGUCUGAUGCAGCUGCUGUGUGCGCUCACGGAGCCUCACAGCCUGCCUCUCACACGCGAGCUCUACCGCCUCUCCCAGCACCACACACAGAACUUCCCAUUCUGCAUCAUGUCCAUCAACCUGAGCCGCAUUUGCCUGCAGGCUCUACGCGAGGAGUGCCUCACCAGGGAGUGUAACCGCCGGCUGCAGGUGGUGCCGGUGCUGAGCGACCUCUUUGCUGCGCUGCUGCUGCAGCUGCACCGCACGUGGAGGGAGCGCCACUGCACCAUCGCUGACUCCGGCGCCGUGCUGCAAGAAGUGGAGGUGGCCGCCAAGCGGUCCCCGAGGCAGCUGCUCCGCCAGCUGGAGCUCCACUUGAGCGGUGGCGCCCCCGGCCCCACCGCUCCCACCGGCCCCACCGCAGCCCAGACCCUCGGCUUCUCCUCCGUCUCCGACAUGGACGGCAGCCCCCCCGGACGCGCGGACAGAAGCAAGGGGGGGCACGGGGGAGGCAGGGGGCAGCAAUACAUCGUGGACGACCGCACGGCGCCCUAAGGGAGGAGUGCAGGGCGGGGAGGGGGUCACGUGGUGGAGGGCGGAGGUCGCGGGCUGCUCUCGUUGGGCGUGUCGGGCGGCACCGUGGGGUCGCCCGGCUCCAUCCGGGUGGAGCGACCUCCACUCGAGCACGGGGUGUCGCGGUGCUGCUCAGAUGAUGAGCUACGCUCAAGAGAAAGGUAAUGACAGGUGGCGGUGGUUGCGGUCGCUGGUGACAGUGGUGGUAAUGGUUGUAAGGGGUGAUGGCGAUCGUAGUGGCAGUGCUGCUAGUCAUGGCGGUGGUGGUGGCUGUGGUGAUAGUGGGAGCGGUGGUAGUGGUAGGGGUUCAAGUUCAUUGUGUGUAGCCAAGAUGAGAACGAUAGAGACCAGGGUAGGAGUCUCCCACUUACAAGAGUGACCCUGGUCACCAAAGUGACAAAAACAAAUAUAGUACAGCAAUGAAGCAAAUAUUAAUCGGGGUUAGUGGUGGUAGUUGAUAGUUGUGGCGGUAGUGAUGGCGAUAGUGGGGGACGGUGGUAGUCAUUGCGCGUAGGGCGUUUGCCGGUUCGCUAAACACACGCGUGACGGUUACCAACGCGCACCGGUGUGAGAUGAAUUGGAGAUCCGGCCGCUCUUGACGUUUGUGUCGCCAAAGUCCGACAUGGCGGGGGAGGAGGUGCCGCUAAUUCCGACGCCUGCUGUAGUUAGCGGCGCGCAGAGACGAACAUCACCGACUAGGAGACUGGGAAGCGCUUCGGGAAUAAUGAUCAAAAUCAGAUGUCUAACAGCUCGCCCACCGGCGAUUCCAUGAAUUGCCGUCAUUAGGGUUAGAGGGUAGAAUGUAUGAUUAUUUUGUCUCGUUUGUAUUGUUAGUAAAAAAAGGUUUUUGUGUUAGAUCGCGUAAGUAUAAAUGUGUUGUAACCCUCCACCAUCUGGCAGCCAAUUAGUAAGGGAUUUGUCACGUUAACAAAACUCC